AUUCGGUCAAUUUGCUUACUGGCCUCGGUGUACUAGAUGGCCCAAGCUCCAAAAUUUGUCUAUCAAUCCUCAACACGUAAACACCACACUCCCUCCUUCAUCAGCUCAACUUCAAGGUCAACAACAAGCUUUUCUUUCACUCACUCGCACUUCCUCCUCUACCCAACACAAGCCCCCUCUCUCCCGCUGCGAUUACAACCAUGGAUCCUCAAGAUACCCGCUCACCCCCCGUCAAAAAGCGUGGUCCGAAACCCCUCCAGUCCUCCAAUCGCAAAACCCAAUACCUAAUCCUCUACAACUUUGUGUCCGCACUUCUCUGGCUCGUCAUUUUGGGUCGAGUAGUUCUCCUUGUCCCACUCGUCGGAUUUGGGCGCUUGUAUCCUGCUGUUGGUACCUUUGUAAAAUGGACACAAACUAUGGCACUUCUGGAGGUUGUGCAUGCAGCUCUUGGAGUUGUACGAGCCCCAAUUAGCACAACUGGUAUGCAAGUAGCCAGUCGACUCCUCCUCGUCUGGUUCAUCGUCAACCCAUUCCCAUGGGUAGCUAAAAGCACUGGGUACUCUACAAUGCUCAUUGCAUGGAGUGUCACCGAAGUAAUUCGAUACUCUUACUUCGUUAUCACACUUAGUGGAUACAAGCCUGAUAUCGUUACUUGGUUUCGCUAUAAUACCUUCUUCGUUUUAUAUCCAUUGGGGAUCAGUAGUGAAUGUUGGUUGAUUUAUAAAGCUAUUGAACCUGCGGGAGAAAUAUAUGGAUCUCUGUAUCCUUUAGUUUUGAAAGCAAUUCUGCUUAUUAUAUUCCUGCAAAGGAGUAAGGUUUUGCGAGCACAGCGAGAGAUUUUGAAAGAUGAAUAG